GAUAUAGGGAAACGAAAGUAGACCGGAAUGUUCGUCGGGAAUUUCGAUACGUUUUCUGAAAAGCUCAAGGUCGCAUUAAACGCGGGAGAUUUCAUUCUAGCGUAUAUUUUCAGCCGCCGAAACAGGUCUGUUGCGCGAAAUAUUGCUUUUCAGAAAAUACUAUACAUCUAGCAUAGCAUCGAAAUUUAUUUAACAUUUACUAUCAUGAUGGAGUUAUUUGCAGCUACCGCUCUCCUACUCUGCGCGGCGCUUUUUGCGUUCUUGCUUGCGAUUAAUCGCUUUCGGCUAUAUUACAAACUGAAAGAACCUAAUAAUAAUCUGUGUGCCACGGAAAACACGUGCUGCGGUGGAAUAAAUUCGCUAAAAUGCGAACUGCCGGCGGGGAAACUGCCGACGAGAAUGCCGACUGUCAUGCCGUCGGAUGAAUACGCCGAAAACGUAGUACCACUCAGUGUGAAUUAUCAUUUCACGCGGAAAUGCAACUACAAGUGCGGAUUUUGUUUUCACACUGCGAAAACAUCGUUUGUGUUACCACUUGACGAUGCGAAGAGAGGGCUAGAACUCUUGAAAAAUGCGGGCAUGAAGAAAAUCAACUUCUCCGGUGGCGAACCGUUUAUAGUGAAAAAGGGAGCGUUCGUCGGGGAGCUGGUCAAGUUCUGCAAACAGACGCUGGGCGUCGAGAGCGUCAGCAUCGUCAGUAACGGAAGUCUCGUCUCGGAGCGGUGGUUCGAGCAAUACGGUGAGUUUUUGGACAUAUUGGCUGUUUCGUGCGACAGCUUCGAUGCCGAUACAAAUGAGAAGAUUGGUCGACAGCAAGGACAGAAAAGUCAUCUGAUUAGCCUUCGAUCCGUGCGGAGACUGUGCGCUGAUUAUAAGGUGGCCUUCAAACUGAACACAGUUGUGAACACGCAUAACAAGGAUGAGAACAUGGUGGAGGAAAUCAUGCAGCUGAGCCCGUGCAGGUGGAAGGUAUUUCAGUGCCUCCUGAUAGUCGGUGAAAACACCGGUCCGGAUGCACUGAGACGGGCAGAAUCCUUUGUCAUCACCAAUGCUGAGUUUGACGAAUUUCUCCGAAGGCACAAGGAUGUCGAAUGCCUGGUGCCGGAAUCUAACGAAAAGAUGCAGAAUUCGUACCUGAUCCUCGACGAAUAUAUGCGGUUUUUGGACUGUACGAAGGGUGCAAAAGAACCGUCGAGAUCUUUGCUCGACGUAGGCGUAGAUAAUGCGCUCAAUUUCAGCGGCUUCGAUGAGAAAAUGUUCUUCAAGAGGGGAGGCAAAUACGUCUGGAGUAAAGCCGAUAUGCAGCUUGAUUGGUAGCCUCCCUUUUCAGAGAUUACCUUGGCAAAUUUAGUGUUUCGUUUUUAUGUGAUAUUGGAUACAUGUAUAUAUGAACAUUUCUGCAGCUAAACCAUUCGUUGUUAAACCAGAUGUGGCGUUUCAAUAAGGCCCAGACAUUUUAACCGAAAGAAAACGCGGGGCUAAAGUCUUAUUUUAGGAUUUCAAGGGUAUGCAUGAGCAUUACAAAAUAACAUACACGCACAGGAUUACAAAUGUUUGAUAAUCAACUACGUACAUUCAAUAACGCCUUAACACGAAAAGCAGACAAGUUAUUUUUAGAUGGGAACGAAUAUUCCAAUACUCGAAAAGAAGCGGAAUAUUUGAAUCCGAAAUUUUGAUUUGAAUAUUCACGUUUUAAAGAAAUUAAUUGAUGUUCUUCUUUAAAACAGAAGUUCGUUCAAUAACAUAUUUGUGCUGACCACUGUCGUGUAUUAAUCAAUGACGAUUAUUGUUUAUUUGUUUAUAUAUCAUGUACAUGUGUUUGCUAGUAUUCUAUUUUGUCUGUAUUUGUAUACUUUGUACUUGAUUAUUAUUGUUAAUGUUUUACUCGUCUUUUUUUCGCAUAAAUCUCGUUAU